UCUUAAUUUGAUUGUGUGGUAGGGAAAUGGAGGGCAAGGCAGCAUGGGGGCAUAGAUGGCUCUAGCACAAUUGAAGCAUCAGACAAUGCUUUAGUUAAUGCUUUAGUUUAGCAAUUUAAUUUUCCCGCUUAGAAAAUGAUAUUUUCUGUUUAAGCUCACUAAUUGAUUUUAUUGUUUUUGUUUUGUGGUGUAUUGUACAUAAAGUUUGAACAAUGUAGUUGGUUUUUAAUAGUAAUAAUCAAUGUUUUUGGACCCGGCCCGGUGGUUGACCCGUUUUGACCACCGGGUCUGGUUUAACCGGUUGAAUCGGUUCACUCGACCGGUCCAACCGGUCAACCUAAAAAUACACUUUUUUCAAUUUUUGACGAUAUGUUCGAUGAGCUGUUGCAGAUUCUGAUUUCUGCUGCUGCUUCUGCUCAGUGGAGGCAGGAAAAGAAGAGGAGCGGUGGAGGAGAUGAGGCAGAUGAGGACGCCAUGAUCGACGGAGGACAUGAGGAGGAGAUGAGGCAAAUGAAGAUGCCUGAUGAGGAGGAUCGGCUGGACGCUGAGUUGUGUUGCGGUCGACGGAGGUGGCUGAGAUCUGGAGCUCGUCGAUGGUUCCUUCUGUUUCUCACUCCUUUCUUCUGUUCUGGGUUUUACAAUUUGCAGAGAGUUUUCUUUAUUUCUCCAUGUCUAGAUGAGGCUGUGACUGCUGAUGCCGAUGAACUCACGGGAGAUGGAGCAGGGAUGAGGCAGAGGGAUGGCCCGGCGGGUGGGACGGGUUGGGAGUUUGGAGCGGGUCUGGCGAGUCUGGCGGGCUAAAGCGGGCCAACUUGCAAAACGGGCCAAUGCAUGAAACCGGCCCGUUUUUAAGCUCGGGUCCGGUUCAACCGGUUCAACCGACCGGGCCGGGCCGGGUUUUAAAACCAUGGUAAUAAUAUCUCUCUUUUUUGGCCAGAAAAAUCAUUUAUCUUAACAUGCCUAUCAAAAAAUGUUUCAUUUAUUUUGUCUUAUUUAUGUAAUUUAAAUACAUGAUAUUUCAUUUU